AAAACAAGGCCACCCUCACUAGAUGGGAAAAAUCAAAGGCUCCUCUCCAUAAACGUGCCCCCUCGCCGCGUGACUCAGCUGACUGACCACCACACCCUACACCUAAUCUCGAUUUUGACUCAUCUCUGUCCGCCGGAAAUUCAUGCUCCGCCCGCCGGCGGCUACGCUCACCCCUUUCCGGACAAGGGCAAAACGAUCGCCACGAUGAAUGCGCAGCAGAGGAGUGGAUCGGGUCCUUCUGUUCAAAGCCCUCGAUCGCCGUCCUCGCACUCUCCAUAUUUGACCGUAUCAGUAUCGGAUCCGGCUAAAAUGGGCAAUGGAGUCCAAGCUUACAUUUCGUACAAAGUUAUUACUAAGACAAACUUUCCGGAAUAUGAUGGCUCUGAAAAAAUUGUUAUCCGGAGGUACAGUGAUUUUGUUUGGUUAAGAGAUCGUCUUUUUGAAAAGUACAAGGGUAUCUUCAUCCCCCCUCUUCCAGAGAAGAGCACUCUUCGUGAUGCAGCUUUGCAUUUAAUACUGGGCAUUCUCCUGGGUGCAGAAAAAUUCAGAUUUAGUGCUGAAUUCAUUGAGAUGAGGCGCCAAGCACUGGAUGUUUUUGUCAACCGGAUAGCUUCACAUCAUGAACUUCAGAAAAGUGACGAUUUUAGAAUAUUCUUGCAGGCUGACGAACAGACAAUGGAUAGAGCAAGAUUCCAGGAAACUGGUAUUUUCAAGAAGCCAGCAGAUUUGAUGCAAAUUUUCAAGGACGUACAGUCCAAAGUAAGUGAUGUUGUUCUUGGAAAGGAAAAACCAGUUGAAGAAUCAAGCCCGGAGUAUGAAAAGUUAAGGAAUUACAUUUUUCAGCUCGAAGAUCACCUCUCUGAAGCUCAGAAGCAUGCUUACCGUCUAGUGAAGAGACACAGGGAACUGGGACAAUCUUUAUCAGACUUCGGCAAGGCAUUCAAGCUACUAGCCAACUCUGAAGGAAAUGCUCUUGGAAAGGCAUUUUCUGAGCUUGGUGCAAAAUCGGAGUUAUUGUCAGUUAAGCUGCAAAAAGAGGCUCACCACAUCCUGAUGAAUUUUGAAGAACCUCUAAAAGAUUAUGUUCGGGCAGUGCAAUCUAUAAAGGCAACGAUAGGUGAGAGAGCAAAUGCGUUCAAGCAUCAUUAUGAACUGGCUGAAGCAAUCAAAUUCAAGGAAAUAGACAUGAAUAAGCUCAGAUUAACACGAUCGGAAAAGUUGGUCGAAGCCGAGCGUGAAUACGAAGAGCUAAAAGCUGAUGGGGCUGAGGCAGCCAGAAGAUUUGACAAAAUCGUGAAGUUAAUGAAUGAGGAAAUUAUUCGGUUCCAAGAGCAGAAAACACUCGAUAUGGGACUGGCCUUUCAUGAAUUCGCCAAGGGUCAGGCACGGCUUGCGAACGGUAUUGCCGAGGCAUGGCGAAGCCUUCUUCCCAAGAUUGAAGCUUGCUCUUCCGCACAAUGAAUUGAAGAACUUUCACAGGAAAUGCUUUUCGUAUGAGAAAUUUCAGGCAGGUUUGAGGUUUUGUAUACUGUACAGACUGCGGAUGGAUAUGAUUAUAUGAACACCGAAUUUAUGCACUUGUAACUUUAGACCUAUUAUAAAUGGGGCCUUUUUUUCCUUUUCUUUUAUCUUUUGGAGUUACUAUUUUUAUGAGAUUAUUAAGUCCAAUGUAAUUUGAUCGUCUAUUUGUUCGAUUGCUCACUGACUGGAAAUUGUUGAUUCAUCCUGCAAAAUUGACUGACGUAAGAUUGAGUCAGAGAGAUGAUUGGAAGUUGUUGAUUCAUCCUGUUUAAGCUUAUUAGAUGAUGAAUUCCAUGAUUAUUGAUCGGAACUUGUCUGAUUCAACAAUAUUUGGUGUUUCUGUUUGUACAUUUCUUUCUUCUCCUUCCGUAGCCUGUAGAGGGGCUUCAGUAUAAAUGAAUAUUGUAUUCCUUUUAUCAACACUGAAAACAGAAAAUUCC